AUGUUUGUUCAAUUAAUAUGUGUUUUGAAAUUUAGUAUUCAUUUAUUACCAAUGACAGACUUAAGUUCAAUUUUUGCGGCAACAGUUCGAAUAUUUUCACAAGCUCUUAUGAUUUUUGGUGGUAUUGUUCCAUAUAUACCUCAAUAUUUAAUAAUUCAACGUUCUCAAAAUGCUGAAGGUUUUUCUAAUUAUGUAUGUCUUACAUUACUUAUUGCUAAUAUUAUACGUAUUGAAUUUUGGUUUGGUAAACAUUUUGAAAUUCCAUUACUUGUACAAUCAAUUGUAAUGAUAAUAUGUAUGCUUAUUAUGCUUGAACUUUGUAUACGUGUUUAUUCAAAAUCUUUAUGUCAUCAUUUACCUGUUAAUCAACUUAAUAUGUCUCAUACAAAAGAAUUAACAUUAGAUAUACAUGAAAAAAAAUUUACUGAUUUUGAAAUGAAUUAUUUUUGGAAAUGGACAACAUUUACAAGUUAUCUUCAAUUUUUAUUUGUAUUUAUUUUUGUUUUAAGUACAACAACAUGGUUACUUCUUGAUAAUAUACUUUAUAUUGAAACAAUUGGAUUUCUAGCUGUAUUUUUCGAAGCUCUAUUAGGUACACCACAAUUUAUGCGUAAUUUUCGAUUAAAAUCAACGGAAGGAAUGAGUGUAAAAAUGGUUCUUAUGUGGACAUCAGGUGAUAUAUUUAAAACUGUUUAUUUCAUUUUACGAAGUGCACCAAAACAAUUUUGGCUUUGUGGAAUGUUACAAAUUAGUAUUGAUAUAGCUAUACUUUGUCAAGUUGUUUUUUAUUCUGAAAAAUAUCGAUUUCGUAGACGUUAA